AUGGAUCCAGAACAAGAUGUUGUGUAUGAGUCCCUCUUUCGCCCAGCAAAAAAGCGCAAGUUUACGCGCCGGCGUCCCGAUCAUGAAACACCAGAAGCAUCCGAUGCCGAUCUAGCGUCCAGUCCCGCAAACCAAAACAACUUAGGUCCCGACAGGCAAUCGCAGGACGAUGCACCCAGUACCACGAAAACUGCAGCAACCCGGCGCUUACGUCCAGUUCGGAAGGGUGGGAUUGGGUUCUCUACCACAUCGCGAGUAGGAGAUGAACAAACACGAAAGCAGGCCCUCGGGCCGGUAUCUGGUGAUCCCGACCAAGAGAAGAUCCAAGCUAUGAAUGAACGGUUCACAGGGUAUACCGGCCAGACUGUGGAUGUUGACAGGCACAUGAUGGCAUACAUAGAUUCUGAAAUGGCCAAGCGCUACCAACCUGAACUCCAGGCAGAGAAUGCAGAUGCCAGUCAAUCAAACCAUGAACAAACAGCUGGCGGGUUAUCAGUGUCCGGUCAUAAACAACGCGAACCUGCAUCACUUGGCAAACUUCAUGAAAUCGAUCUCGGUCAGGAAGCAACAUUGCGAAACAUUGCGCGGACAGAAGCUGCGACUCGGAAACUUGCAGGAGAUGAAGAUGAACCGGCACCGGGAGAAACCACAGCCCCAGGGACGUGUCGCUCUGGUCCGGAUGGAAAGCCUUGGCGGAACCGCAAGCAGAGGGCAGAUGCGGACAUUGAAAGAGAUCGCCUUGUGGAGGAAGUUCUACGCGAAAGCAAAUUGGAUGUCUAUGAUGAUCCCGAGGACGAAACACAGUUCGAUGACCAAGCUGCUGAUGAUCGAAUUGCUGAGCAAUUCCGACGUGACUUUAUGGAUGCGAUUCAGACCCGUCGCCGGACGGCAAAACCAGCACCCAAGGUUGCUGAGGGGCCUCGUGGACCAAAGCUGGGAGGCAGUCGGAGUGCCAGAGCUGCUAUGCGGGAAACACAGACGAAACCAGGACACAAAUGA